GUACCCAGACCACAUAAACAAGAAAAUAAGCUUUGUACUAAGAUUUCAUUUCACUUCCUUUCUUACAUUAACAUCAUCCCAUCAUCCAUCAUCAAUCUGUUACACUUACACACACUCUCCUUCCUCAUACUCUCUCACAAACAAUCACAAGUACUCUGUACUCUCUCUGCUCUUUGCUUCACCUCUUUUUUCUUCUGUUCCCUAACUAGAAAAUAAAGAAUAAAAAUUCUUCCUUUUUUUUUUUGUUUUUCUCUUUUUGAUUUUAGUACCAUAUAUAUAUGUUUUUGGAAUUUGGUGACAGAGUGCUGGGCUCAACCCCACUAAAUAAGGCAAAAAAUAUCAAAUCAAACUACUGUACUUUGCACCUGGUAGGCUGCUGGAAUUAGUACUGCUCUUUCUUUUCUUUUUCCUAUCCUCUACAUAUUCUUCUUUUUGAAAUUUUGACUUGUGGGUUUUGGGGAGGUGUUUAUCAAGCAUGUGGGAAGAGAAGAUUCUUUGAUUUUUUUCUCUUCUUCUGGGGUUCCUCAAACAAGUUUGAUGUAGCAGCUGAGUGAAUGUAAUCAGACAAAAAAAAAAGAAGCGGGGAAGAUUUUUUUUUCAGCUUAUGCAGAAGGUUGGAUAUGCAUUUAUUGUAGCUCAACAAGAAGGACCAGAUGAUGAUGAUGAUGAUGAUGAUGAAGCUGCAGAAGUUGUUAUUAGGUGGUGGGGUGGUCAAAGAUGGUGUCUUUAUCACAGUUCUGCUUAUGAGUUGCUGCCUCUUUUUGGUGUCAUCAAAUGCACGGAUGAUUUUGUGGACUAAUAAUAAUAGUAAUGAUUAUGAAGUUGGGAAGUUAUUGGCUUUUAAGCAAUCAUCGGUUGAAGCUGAUCCAGAUGGUGUAUUGAAAGAUUGGUCUUCUUCCUCCUCUAGCCACUGUGACUGGACUGGUGUUUUAUGCUCUGAGAAUGGACAAGUUAUUGAGCUUAAUCUUACUAAUGCAAGGCUGAAAGGUCAUUUGCAUAUAUCUGACCUUAUGGCCUUGCCAAGUCUUUCUCAACUUCAUCUUGGUGGCAACUUUUUCUCUGGCAAUCUUUCUUCUUCUUCUUCUACUACUUCCUGCAGCUUUGAGGUUCUUGAUAUAUCUGAUAAUAGUUUGUCAGAGCCACUGGCUGCAGAUUCAUUGAUGCAGUCAUGUCAAAAGUUAUCCCUUUUGAAUCUGUCAAGAAAUUCAAUCCCGGGUGGUAGUCUCAAGUUUGGCCCUUCUUUGUUGCAGCUUGACAUGUCCAAGAACAAAAUUUCUGAUUUGACCCUCUUGAGUUAUUCUCUGUCAAAUUGCCAGAGCUUGAGUUUGCUUAACUUUUCUGACAACGCUAUUGCUGGGAAAUUGACAAAUAUUAGCUCACUCUCUUCUUGCAGAAAUUUGUCUGUUUUGGACAUUUCUUGCAAUCAUUUAUCCGGGGAUAUUCCCCCUACGUUUCUUGCACCUUUGUCCUUGCAAAUUGCUGAUUUUUCCCACAAUAAUUUCACUGGUAAUCUUGCCAGUUUUGGAUCUGGAAUGGCUUGUCCUAACCUUACACUCCUGAAUCUGUCUUUCAAUAGCCUUUCUGGAGGUGGUUUUCCACUUGGUUUAGCCAACUGCCAGAAGCUUGAGACAUUGGAUAUUGGCCACAAUGAGUUGCUACUUGGAAUUCCAGGGAAUGUGUUGGGAAAACUGAAGAAUUUGAAGAAACUGGUUUUGUCAAACAAUCAGUUCACUGGGGAGAUUCCACCUGAGUUGGGCCAAACUUGUGCAACACUUGAAGAACUUGAUCUUUCUUCAAACCAUUUAACAGGUGGGCUUCCUGCGACUUUCACAAGCUGUUCUUCAUUGUUUAGCCUCAACCUUGGCCGAAAUAACCUUUCCGGCGAUUUUUUGGACUCUGUGGUGAGUUCCCUCAAGAAUAAUUUGAGAUAUCUUUCUGUGCCAUUCAACAACAUUAGUGGUCCUUUGCCAAAGUUUCUGGCAAACAGUACUCAGCUUCAAGUGCUGGAUUUAAGUUCAAAUGGUUUCACAGGAAAUGUGCCUUCUUGGUUUUGCUCAAACUCAUUUGAUUCUUCCCUGGAGAAGUUAUUAUUGGCAGGUAAUUUUUUGGAAGGGACAGUCCCAUCUGAGCUUGGGAACUGCAGAAACUUGAAAACAAUUGAUUUGAGCUUUAAUUUUCUGACUGGUGCAAUUCCUCAUGAGAUAUGGGCAUUGCCUAACCUUUCAGACUUGAUCAUGUGGGCUAACAAUCUCAGCGGUGAAAUACCUGAAGGGAUUUGUGUCAUGGGAGGAAACCUUCAGACGUUGAUCUUAAACAACAAUUUCAUCACUGGGAAACUCCCUGAAUCCCUCGCGAAUUGCACGAAUUUAAUUUGGGUUUCCUUGUCUAGCAACAGGCUAAGUGGUGAAAUCCCAUCAGGCAUUGGAAACCUUGUUAACCUGGCAAUCUUUCAAAUUGGUAACAAUUCACUAACAGGGCCAAUCCCACCUGGAAUAGGCCAGUGCAAAAGCCUGAUAUGGCUGGAUUUGAACAGCAACAAUCUCACUGGCUCAAUCCCAUCAGAAAUAGCUGAUCAAGCUGGAUUUGUUCUUCCUGGAAGUGUUUCAGGCAAGCAGUUUGCCUUUGUGAGAAAUGAAGGAGGGACGGAAUGCAGAGGAGCAGGUGGGCUAGUUGAGUUCGAGGGGAUUCGUGUUGACAGGCUGGCUAAUUUCCCUAUGGUUCAUUCUUGUCCAACAACCAGGAUUUACACUGGGAUCACUGUUUACACUUUUGCUAGCAAUGGCAGCAUGAUCUAUCUUGAUCUUUCUUACAAUAGCCUUUCAGGAUCCAUCCCUGAUAAAUUAGGCCUGAUGAGUUUUGUUCAAGUCCUGAAUUUGGGACACAAUAAUUUAUCAGGCAAUAUUCCCAACAGUUUCGGAGGACUAAAAUCAGUUGGAGUUCUUGACAUGUCACACAAUGAUCUUCAAGGCUCAAUCCCAUGGUCAUUAGGUGGACUGUCGUUUCUCAGUGAUUUCGAUGUUUCAAACAACAACCUUUCAGGCCCCAUCCCAUCAGGUGGCCAGCUGACUACUUUUCCACCUGCAAGAUAUGGUAACAAUUCAGGACUUUGUGGGCUUCCUUUGGCUUCUUGUUCUUCAUUAAGUGGACAUCAAUCAUCAAAGCAUUCUGGCAAAGGGAGGAGAAACCAGCCUGUUGCUGUGGGGGUGGUUAUUGGGAUUCUGUUCUCUAUGUUAACUAUUUUCCUCCUCGUAUUAGCCCUGUACAGAGUGAAAAAACAUCAGAAGAAGGAGGAAACGCGGGACAAAUACAUCGAGAGUCUCCCAACCUCCGGUAGCAGCAGUUGGAAGAUUUCUGGUGUGGCUGAGCCAUUAAGCAUUAAUGUGGCAACCUUUGAGAAGCCCCUAAGGAAGCUCACAUUCGCACAUCUCCUGGAAGCCACAAAUGGUUUCAGCGCUGACAGUUUGAUUGGUUCCGGCGGCUUUGGCGAAGUUUAUAAGGCCCAACUCCGAGAUGGAAGCAUUGUGGCGAUCAAGAAACUGAAAUAUGUUACAGGGCAAGGAGACAGGGAAUUCAUGGCUGAGAUGGAAACAAUUGGAAAGAUCAAACAUAGGAACUUGGUUCCUUUGUUAGGAUACUGUAAGGUUGGUGAAGAAAGGCUGCUUGUUUAUGAGUAUAUGCAAUGGGGAAGCCUGGAAUCUGUGCUGCAUGAGAAUGGAAAGGGAAAUGGUGGAAGUACAAUGCUGGACUGGGCUGCUAGGAAAAAGAUAGCCAUUGGAUCGGCUAGAGGGCUCGCGUUUCUUCACCACAGCUGCAUCCCACACAUAAUUCAUCGCGACAUGAAGUCGAGUAAUGUGCUCAUUGAUGAGAAUUUUGAGGCCAGAGUGUCUGAUUUUGGCAUGGCAAGAUUAGUUAACGCAUUGGAUACGCAUUUGAGCGUUAGCACACUUGCCGGAACACCAGGCUAUGUGCCACCUGAAUACUAUCAGAGUUUUCGGUGCACAACAAAAGGUGAUGUAUACAGCUAUGGCGUGAUUUUGCUGGAGCUUCUAUCGGGGAAGAAACCAAUUGAUACAUCGGAGUUUGGUGAUGAUAAUAAUCUUGUAGGAUGGGCUAAGCAGUUGCAUAAAGAGAAACGGAGUCAAGAGAUUUUGGAUCCUGAACUGACUUUGUAUUCGUCGGUUUUGAGUGAGCUUCUGCAUUAUUUGAGCAUUGCAUUUCAGUGUUUAGACGAUAAGCCGUUCCGCCGGCCUACAAUGAUUCAAGUGAUGGCUAUGUUUAAAGAGCUGCAGGUUGAUUCAGAAAGCGAUAUUCUUGAUGGGAUCUCAGUGAAAAGUUCAGUAUUUGAUGAAUCGCAAGAAAAGGACUGAUGAUUAGGCCAUGCGGAAAGAGUACAGAUUUUCAGCUUAGGUUAUUAAAAGAAGACACUUUGGAAAAAAAAAAAAAAAAGUACAAAAGGAGAGACACUUGAUAAUGUAUACAUAUGUAUGUAAACAGAAGUUGCCAGUUAGUUCAACUUGUUUUUGUUCAGUUUUCAAUUUUGGGGGUUUUUUUCAUUUUCAGUGGCAAUAUCUGUUUUUAGAGGUUUCAAUAACUGAUUACUGGUUUUGUAUCCCGAAUCAUUUGUCCUCCUCCGGUUAAUCUUAUGUUAAUAUAGAUGACAUCAUAGUUAGUACUGAUGUAGAGAUUUUCGGCAUUUGUAUAGAUGAUUUUGACUAUGAUGAUCAGCGCAAUUUAUGAAUCUCAGUUGGACUUUGUGUACAUCAAAAUUGACAGUGAUGCUUUCGGCU